CCUCUCUCUCCUCCCCUCCCUCCUACCAACUGAAAUGCAGCAGAGGAAAUAGCCACUGUGGUGGAUCCAACCCAUUGGACUCCCAGCGCUGCUGCUAGUGCUGCUGCUAAUGUCACUAGCCUAGUCUUUAGCCUGCACUCCCUUCUACCAGGGUCUUUCUUCCUCUUCUUCCCCCUCCUCUCUCUCUCUCUGUCUCUUUUUUUUAAUGGUGUUGGCCGUGUGGGAUGGAAUCGCGCGUCGUUGUCAGCAGGUUUUCCGUGGAUGUGCUCUGUGGUGCGCGUGCGACCGUAGCACCGUUGUGGUGACAGCAGCAACAUGCCACUGAAAUGGAAAAGCGGGUCGCCGGUCAGCUGGAAAUUCCCCGUGCCCGUGCUUAAGACGUCCAGGUCGUCGCCUCUGUCGCCUGCUUACAUCCACCAACAUUCCUUUGUGGUGUGGACCUCACGCUCGCUCUUCGCAGCCUCUGCCACUUACCACCUGACGGGAUCCCUGGUUGAGGACGACGACGCUCACAUGAAGGUUGCGCUGGGCUACGGAGACGUGGGCGUCCCCUCCCACCUCCAGGCCUCCAAGACGGGGAACACUCGCUUCUUCACCAGCAACACACACAGCGCCGUGGUUCUGCAGGGGUUUGACCAGCUGAGGAUAGAGGGGCUACUGUGUGAUGUGACGCUGGUUGCCGGCGAUGGAGAUGAAGCAUUUCCUGUCCACCGGGCCAUGAUGGCCUCCUCCUCAGACUACUUCAAAGCCAUGUUCACAGGUGGAAUGAAGGAGCAGGAUCUGAUGUGCAUCAAGCUCCACGGGGUAAACCGAAUAGGCCUGAAGAAGAUCAUUGACUUCAUUUACACGGCGAAGCUAUCGCUCAACAUGGAGAACCUGCAGGACACACUGGAGGCAGCUAGCUUCCUGCAAAUCCUCCCGGUGCUUGACUUCUGCAAAGUGUUCCUCAUCUCCGGGGUCUCGCUGGACAACUGCGUGGAGGUGGGGCGCAUCGCCAAUGCCUACAACCUCACGGAGGUGGACAAGUACGUCAACAACUUUAUCCUCAAGAACUUCCUCUCGCUACUGGGCACGGGGGAGUUCGUCAAGCUGCCCUUCGAGCGGCUGGCCUUCGUGCUGUCGAGCAACAGCUUGAAACACUGCAGCGAGCUGGACCUGUUCAAGGCGGCGUGCCGCUGGCUGCGCUACGAGGACGGCCGCAUGGACCACGCCGCCAAGCUCAUGAAGAACAUCCGCUUCCCCCUCAUGAACCCCCAGGAGCUCAUCAACCACGUGCAGACGGUGGACUUCAUGCGCACGGACAACACUUGCGUCAACCUGCUGCUGGAGGCCAGCAACUACCAGAUGAUGCCCUACAUGCAGCCCGUCAUGCAGUCGGAGCGCACGGCCAUCCGCUCGGACAGCGGCCACCUGGUGACGCUGGGCGGCGUGCUGCGGCAGCAGCUGGUGGUCAGCAAGGAGCUGCGGCUGUUCGACGAGAAGGCGCACGAGUGGAAGGCGCUGGCGCCCAUGGACGCGCCGCGCUACCAGCACGGCAUCGCCGUCAUCGGCAAUUUCCUGUACGUGGUGGGCGGCCAGAGCAACUACGACACCAAGGGCAAGACGGCGGUGGACACGGUGUUCCGCUACGACCCGCGCUACAACAAGUGGAUGCAGGUGGCGUGCCUCAACGAGAAGCGUACCUUCUUCCACCUGAGCGCGCUCAAGGGACACCUGUACGCCGUGGGCGGGCGCAACGCGGCCGGGGAGCUCGCCACGGUGGAGUGCUACAACCCCCGGACCAACGAGUGGACCUACGUGGCCAAGAUGAACGAGCCCCACUACGGCCACGCGGGCACCGUCUACGGGGGCUACAUGUACAUUUCAGGCGGCAUCACCCACGACACCUUCCAGAAGGAGCUGAUGUGCUUCGACCCCGACGCCGACAAGUGGACGCAGAAGGCGCCGAUGACCACGGUGCGCGGCCUGCACUGCAUGUGCACCGUGGCGGACCGCCUCUACGUCAUCGGCGGCAACCACUUCCGGGGCACCAGCGACUACGACGACGUGCUGAGCUGCGAGUACUACUCGCCGGCGCUCGACCUGUGGACGCCCAUCUCGCCCAUGCUGCGCGGCCAGAGCGACGUGGGCGUGGCCGUGUUCGAGAGCAAGAUCUACGUGGUGGGUGGCUACUCCUGGAACAACCGCUGCAUGGUGGAGAUAGUGCAGAAGUACGACCCCGAGAAGGACGAGUGGCACAAGGUCUUCGACCUGCCCGAGUCGCUGGGCGGCAUCCGCGCCUGCACGCUCACCGUGUUCCCGCCGGAGGACCUCACGGGGUCGCCGUCGCGCGAGUCGCCGCUCUCGGCGCCAUGACGCCACGACCCCGGGCCCCUCCCGCCCCUCUACUGAGCCCCCUCUCCUCCUCCCCCCCACCCUGUAACGAACACACAGAUGCACACAUAGAACUACGUCGACACGCAGACGAACAGACAGUGUUUGCACUUCCUAUCAGGACUACAUCAGUAGUGCAGCGUCCUGAGCCCCGCCCCUCGGAAGCCACGCCCCCCGCCCCUUGGAAGCCACGCCCCUGCCCCUUGGAGGCCACGCCCCCACCCCUCAGAGGCCCUGCCCCUCGGAGGCGCCGGCCCUCGGAGGUCACGCCCCCCCCCCCCCCCCAUUCCCUUUGGUCACGAACGCUGCGAUCUCACUACACUUUGGCAGGAAAUACCUAAACUUGAAAAGUGAAUUUGCAAAUCAACUUUUCUACCUGAUGUCUACUACGUUUUAUGUCGUUGUUUUUUGCGUUUUUGCCACAUCGCCGCCCCCAUGGCGGGCCGCGUGGCACACAGUCUCUCUCCUAGUCUAUGCCAGGUAAGGUGCAGUCGAACCCAGGGCGGUCGAGACCCAGACACAGAUGGUUUAUAACUCAGGGGGUAUGGCCAUGGCCCCAUAUCUCUCUCUUUCUCGCUCGCUAGCGCUCUUUCUCUUUUUUCUUUCUCUCACGUCUCUCUCUGGGUCUCUAUCCCACAGUUUCAGUUCUUCUUUCCUGCUAUUGAUAUGAAAUAACAAAAUGUUGUUUUCUAAAUUUAAUAAACAAGAUUUUAAAAUAA